AUGCACAUUGCUAGCUUCACCACUGGCGUCGCCGCCGUGGCCCUUUGCCUCCUGUCAACGGUGACUGCCGCACCUGCGAGAAACUCGCUGACCGACGCGGAGAUCCAGCAGCAGCGUUUGCAGUUUUUGAGCCAGAAUUAUAACACGACCGCGAACAGCGCCAUGAUCAGAAACCUGGACUCCGCCGCUAUCGCCAACGUGCAAAAAGCGCUUGCUCAGAAGCCCUCUUCGUUCACCGGCAACGGCGCCGCCCCGAACCCGGCGAGCUGGAGCCCCACGGUGACGACAGUCAACGGAUUCAGCAAAAACCUCCUCACGGACCCGUACGCUGAUGCUGCCGAUGCGACUGAGAUUAGCAGAUACCAGCUGUAUGCUGGUGCUGCUUACUGCUUUAAGUGGCAUCUAAACUACAAGUGGAACUGCAACGAGCGCUGCACGAACGACCUGACGAAAGGCACGACCCUGGUGGACCACUUCUACAAAGACUCCACUACUGGCUACGUCGCCUACAACGACGCUCAAAAAACCAUCAUCAUCUCCUUCCGCGGCACUUUGUUCCCGCUCAACUUCUUCCGCGACCUCCAGCUCUACACGGAGAAGCUGACCAUCGGCGUUAACGGCGCCGGUUGGGGUACUGCUGCCCCGGCCGCCGCACGCGUCCACAGCGGAUUCCAGACGACGUACGAGGUUGCACAGGCUCGUGUGCGUUCUACCGUUUCUAGCAUCUUGGCCCAGCCUGCAAGGAGUCAGUACAAGAUUGUCGUGACCGGUCAUUCGUUGGGAGGAGCUGUUGCUGUUCUUGCGGCCCUGGAUCUCCUCGACUUUGUCACCCCCUCCCUCAACAACCGCAUCGAGCUCUACACCUACGGCGAGCCCCGCGUCGGCAACUCCGUCUUUGCCCGCUGGGUCGACUCUCUACCCAUCAAGAUCCGCCGUGUGACCGCCCUCCACGACCUCAUUUCCACCGUCCCCCGCCGUGAAUGGGGCACCCUCGACUACCAGCACCACAAUGCCGAGUACUACAUCGACGGCGAUAAGAAGGCCCGCAACUGUGUCGAGCCGGCAGACGGUGGUGAACCUUCGGGAUGUCUGAAUGGAGAGGGAUGGCCGAUCGCUAAGGACGUCGUUAGCAUCUUGACACCCGCAUGGAUCUUCUGGCACUUGAACAGCUACGGUGGUGCUGUCUUCGGACCCUGGUGCUGA